UGUGAAAAUAUCAGUCCAAACGCGCCUUCGAUGCGCGACUAGCGUGUUACAAUGUAUUCAAUGUAAACUAGCCUUUAUUUUUGGUGCUUUGAAAGAUGUUUAUGUUAUUUUUGACUUUUAUUUUCUGUUGUGGUGUGUGCUACAGCGGGGAAAGCGAUCUGGGUUACAGUUUGAGUAUUGGGAACGCUAUUGAUGUGUUUGCUAACUACGGAGACCUAUCCCAAGUCACGCAAGUGGUCUCAGCCGACUAUGAAGACUAUAGCUCGGAGACAGUGGAGCCGUUCCGAGAGAAGAACAUCCGAGUGUUUGACAACAUCAUCAGCAUCGAGUCUCCGGGAGACAGCAUGGUGGCACUGAACAUACAGCUGUGUGAAACGUUCGAGGAGCUACUUGCGGGGUACUUCGUCAACUUCAAAAUAGAGGGUACAGAACAACCAUGGAAAGCAUUCUUAGGCGAUUGGGUAUACGACGAAAUCAUGAGAACAUUCGGCAUAGAAUAUGAAACGCAGGAAGACAACUGCUGCUACGUGCUGGUCAAACUAUCCAAGACGCAUAACACUGUGCAAAUUGAUACAACGAAGCAGAUACACGUGAAGGAGUACCUUGAGAGGGCCAUUGAUGGCCUUGAUGUGAAUGAUACAGCCGCUGUGAGGAGGUUCAUGAAGAGUUAUGGGACACAUUAUAUUGAUUCGUACGUCACUGGAGAUUUUAUAUAUCAGGUGUUCAAAUACAAAAGGUCAGGCUUCCACCUCCUGAAGAGCUAUGUCAGGCGCGGACGGCGCAGAUCUGGCCCUGACAACUUGAGAUUCUACUUCUCGUCGUAUUUCCUCAAACAAGUUGGAGAUAUACGAAUGGCUAGCGGCAACAAGAGAAUAGAAGAGUGGGCGAGAAACAAUCUACGAGACAGCCAAUAUCUAUUCUCCAGACCGAGCCUAUUGAGGUUAUAUUACAACGCCAACGUUGCGUUUAAACUUAACGAUAUGUUAGACAACGGUGCUCUUUUAGGAUUAGGGCUUAAGAUAUUAAAACCUCUAUUCAGAGAUAGAUAUAAAAGAGACAGAUAUGCUGAGAUAGUGGAGAAUGACAUGAAACUAUGGGAAGUUAAUGCUUAAACGAAAAAUCGUUGCUGAUUGAUGCAUGAAAUAAUGGUUUAAACGAUCGUAACGAACUUCGUCGUUUUAGAACUGUCAGCAAUGCUUUAGGAGGCAGCAGAUAAUUGUCUUCUUUCUCUUCUAUCCCUUCUCCUUGAUCUUCAUGUACCGUGACGACCCUUCACCAGACACCGUUGACCGUUAAAGAUUUAAAUUUUAAGGCCCAUCUAUGCUAAAGGCAUCGACUUAUGUCUAAAAGCCAUAUUGGUUUUAAUCUACGGACCGACAAUAAGUUGUAAUCUAUACUAAUAUUAUAAAGCUGAAGAGUUUGUCUGUUUAUUUGUUUGUUUGAUUGAACGCGCUAAUCUCAGGAACUACUGGUCCGAUUUGAAAAAUUCUUUCAGGGUUAGAUAGCCCAUUUAUCGAGGAAGGCUAUAGGCUAUAUUUUAUCCCGGUAUUCCUACGGGAACGGGAAUCACGCGGGUGAAACCACGCGGCGUCUGCUAGUAUUUAAUAAACUCUUAACUUAAGUCAAAGCCAAUAGGUAAAACAACUAUAUAAAAAUAAAAAUAAAUACAAAAAUUCAUAUUAUGAUAUACCUUAAUAGUAUGUUUUGGUCAUAUACUUACCUCUUGUAGCAUAAAUAUCGACCUCAUGUAAAAACAGUAUUUUUUGUACAAUAAAAGUUUUUUUAUAAAA